GUCAAUUGUAACACCGGUUACACCGAAACAAUUGUCGGAUUCACACCGGUCCGUACCAACGAAUUUGUUGAUGGCACUUAGUAUCUAAUGACCUACGCAUGCGUCGUAUACCGUUUCGGAUUUUCGGAAUCGCGUUCCAGAAAUCACAAUGCGUCAACUACUGAACUACAUGCCGAGUUAAAAUAUUCGAUUGUUUAUGUUGUAAUAUUUUUUCUUUUAUUAUACCCAUGACGAUCAACUUCUGUUAGUGUGCGUAUUAUUGAUGACAUUAUAUUAUUCAAUUUUUAACAAUUCAUUUAAAUACCUACCCAUUGCACGAACACAGAGAUAAAACAAAAUUGAGCUGACAUAUUAAUUAUUUAUUAUGGAAGUUGAUCAAAGCAUCGAAAAUUCUUCAAUAAGUUUACAGUGAGCAAAUGUAUUAAUUAAUAACUAUUUCAAUGUAAAUGGGAUAGGUAAAUAUAAAAUGUUGUAAAUAUUAAAACUUAGGUACACAGGUAGCCUAAACAGCACUAAAUAUCUGAAAUACCUACUUCAAAUAGCGCAAUAAAAAAGGAAUUUUUAAAAUUUCAUAUUUGGAAUCUGGUGCGUAAACAAAUGUAAAUCUCAUUCUGAUAUUUUUGUUUUAUCCUGUUAUAAUUAAAAAAAAAUUAUUGCUAUAUAAUCCGAACCUUGACUAUUAUUUUAAUGUAAAUAGGAAAAGUAAGUAUAAAAUAUUUUAAAUAUUAAUAUUUCGGUAUUUAUGUAACAAUUUACCAUUUUGUAUAAAUUAAAAAGAAAUUCUUUUAAGUUGCAUUUAUAAUUUACUUUAUUUACAUACCUAUUACUAUUUAUAUAAACUUAAACAUUUAGUUGUUGUACAUAUUUUGAAUGAUACAAUUUCAAAAGAUUUUUUGUAUUGCUUCUUAUUUUUAAUUUAAAUAGUUGGAUGUAUUAUGUGUAUUAUCUUUAAAAUCAGUUUAGGUUCCUCUUUGUUUUGCCAUUGUGAAAACCAUAAGUUUCCAUUCUACACUUUUCAAUUCUUGUUCAUUUUAAUUUUAUCAAUAUACCUAUUAUCAAAUACCCUGUUUACAAUUUAUUGGAGUAUUCAUCAGUAUAACCUUUGAAUUACAUUUAAAAAAAUCAAUAAAUUUUGUUAGAGGGAGUUUAAUAUCUAUCAUUCUCUACUUACCAAAUAUGAUUUUUGUUAUACCUACAUAAAAUAUUGUAUUGUAUACACCUCUAGUGUAGUGUUAGCCUAGUACACAAAAUCUUAGGAGCCCCACAGGUGAAAAAUAAAAAGGCCAUGGACAUAAAUGGUUUUAAAGUCCGUCAUAUUUCUGAAAAUUAAUAGAUUUCACAGAGACCUAUAUAACCCAUAAACUAUAUAUAAGUGUAUAUGCUAGAUUCACAAAAGUGAUUUUCAGCGAUAUUUCAGUGUUCAAUAAUUGGUGUAUAAUAUUUAUUCGCUUACACAAUUAUAUUUUUAUUAUUUGACUGUAAUCUGCAAAACAGUCGGUAGUUAAAUGAAGAUAUUUUAUAAAUCUUGGGCCUUAAGUUAUUCCCAGGCAAAUACUACAGGGGCUCCCGGCUGCGUUCAACGCCUACCGGCCGUAGCCAGGCUGACAAAUGUGUUUUUAUAUUUAUAACAAAUUAUUAAGAUUUAAAAAUAUUUCAGACUUACGAGUAACAUAAAAGAAGAAAUAGAACAUCCAAGUACCCAAACAAUUGAAAUAAAAAAAGAAUUUGAUUUAAUAAACGGUUGUGAGUUUCAAAGUGUAAUUACUAUUGAAAAUGAUCCUAUGGAAUCAAUAUUAUAUCAAAAACCAAAACUUAGAAAAAAAAAAUAUUCAUGCUACAAUUGUGGUGACUCAUCUUUUUCAAAAUCAUUGUUAAAACGUCAUAUGAAAGUGCAUACUGGAAGAAAAGUUGACAAUGAUAAUUGCCCUCUAAGGUGAGCAUCUUUAAAUUCUUUUUUCAGUUUUUAAUUUAUAAAAAAAAAAUAAAACUAAUUUAAUCUUAAAUGUUGUCAUUUCAUAUUGCAUGUUUUAUACUAGGCACAUAUACAGGGGGAGGGUCAAACCCCCAUCCACCAUCUCGAAAAUUAAUAGUUGUAUAAUUUAUUUAUAUCAAUUAAAUAUUUUUUUAUAAAUAUUGAUAAUAUUAGCAAUAUUGAUUAUUGUAAAUUUUUUAUGACCUCUUCAAUUUUAUUUUUGUACUUUAUACUAUGUAAAUGAUAAUUAAAAUUUAAAAAAAAAAUUUUUUUUGAAACUUCCUUCACCUAAUCAUUUUUUAUAAGGUGAAAUUUUUGAUAUGUAGGCUGUCUCAUAAAUAAGAUACACAAAUAUAUUGAAUUUUGAAAAUGAAUUUAUGACUUUAUAAUUUUUACACAAUAAAUUAAGACUUUUUUUUCUAUUUUUCCAAAUAGUCCACCAUUUAAAUUUAUAUAAUAUUCCUAAUUAUGGAAUAACUUAAAAAUAUCAUUUUUGAUAAAUGCAACAUAUUUUUCAUCGAAGUACUUGGUAACUUGUGUUGCAUACUUUUACAAACCUUAUGAAAAUUUGAUUUCUUAUGGACACACAUUAGUUAUAUUAGAGAUCAAAUUAUAUGGCAAUUUUCUGAAUUUUGAAUUGUCUAUCCAAUUAUAGUAGUUAUUUGAUCACCUCAAUGAUUUUACCGGUGGAUAUUCUUAUUGCUCAACCACUUCUAGCCUGUAUUCCAACAGUGUUUUGGCACAAAUUAAAAUUUGUAAGCCAGAUACACUUUUUUAUGUGUGGACCAUAAACUUUAAUUAAUUGUUGAUGAAUUUCAGUUGAACAGACAUUUUUAAAAUUAAAAAAAUCUAUUGAUGGCGCGGGCUUCUUCUUUUGUGGAACUUAAAUUUAAUUUUCUCUGUUUGUCAUUAUGUAACUGACCAAACACUCAAGUCAUAACUAGUGCUAAAGUCUGGUAGUUUUUUCAUAUUUUUUUUUAGAAGUAUUUUAGGAAAAUCCUAGUGAUCAACAAAUGUGUUUUAUAGCAUCAGGAGAUCAAAUUUAAAAUUUUAUUUUGCAUAUUUUUGUAUAUUUUGUCAUUAUUGCGUAUAAAUGCGUAUUUGAGUACAUUAGAAAAAAUAAGAAUAUAUUUGGCAAUUUUUGAAAUAAUUUCUUAAAUUAGCUUGGACAAAAUAGAACAUUUUAGUAAAUUUUCCAUUUAAAAAUAAUAUUUUUAUUAUUGGUUAGAUAAUUUACUAUCUGGCCGAUAAAACCAAAAUGUGUAUAAAAAGUAAACUCCAGUUGUCCAUCAUAUUUUGUUGCAUUCUCGUUUUAUUAUUGUGCACACUGCAUGAAAUAUUUGCGUCGUUUAAUUAUUUCGUUUUUUUCAAUUCUGUUUAGCAAUAUUUAUUUUUUUUAUUAAAUAUGCCAAAUGAAAAAUAAUCAUUGGCUUUUUGUUUAAAAAUUAAUGUUUUUUUUUUAUAAAUAUUAUAAUUAGGCAAAAUAAUAAAAUAAAAUGAUUUUUUAGAGCAUAUUUUAAGUGCAUAUUUCUUGAUUUCUAAGUGCAUAAAUACAUGCAUAUUUUUAAAUGUUUAAGUAAUAGAAGUCUUUAACCCUAAUCAUAACACAUAAAAUAUGUAAUUAAUUACCUAACUUAUGAAUGUAGGGAAUUUUCCGCGGAUGUGGUACAUUCUUUAUGCUAAACAAAACUAUGUACUUCCUACUGUCCUCGGACAGCCUAUGCAUGUUUAUACUUCUGAUAUUAAUUAAUGUAAGGUACUCAAUUUUAAUUAUGAUUUUUAAACUGUUUAGAUUUAUGAGUACCUCUGAAGAAGAAUUUAAAAAACCAAGUACACAAACAAUUGAAAUAAUAAAAGAAAAGCCUUACAAAUGUGAGGUAUGUGAGAAAUCUUUUAGACAUAAACCAAAUUUGUUGCAACACACAAAGAUUCAUACUGGAAGAAAACCAUUUAAAUGUGAGGUAUGUAAAAAAUCAUUUAGACGUAAAUCACAUUUGACAGAACAUAUAAGGAUUCAUACUGGAGAGAAACCAUUCGAAUGCGAUGUUUGUGGAAUAUCAUUUACACAGAAAUCAAAUUUGUUGGUUCAUACAAGGACUCAUACUGGAGGGAAAAAACCAUUUAAAUGUAAUGUUUGUGAAAAAUCAUUUAAACAUAAAUCAAAUAUGUUAGUUCACACAAAGAUUCAUACUGGAGAGAAUCUUUUAAAAUGUGCGGUAUGUGAAAAAUUAUUUGGAUAUAAAUCAAAUUUGUUGGUUCAUACAAUGAUUCAUACUGGAGAGAAACCAUUUAAAUGUGAGGUAUGCAAUAAGUCAUUUAAACGAAAAUCACAUUUGUUGGAACAUACAAGGAUUCAUACUAGAGAAACCAUUCAAAUGUGAUGAUUGUGAAAUAUCAUUUAUACAGAAAUCAUAUUUGUUGGUUCACACAAGGAUUCAUACUGGAGAAAAGUAACCAUUUAAAUGUAAUGUUUGAGAAAUAUCAUUUACUUUUAUGAGCAGUUUAAAGAGAUAUAAGUUAAUUCAUUUAGAGAAAAGCUUUACAAAUGUGAAGCAUGUAAAAUAUCAUUUAGACAUAAAUUACAUUUGUCAUAACACACAAGAAUUCAUACUGGUUCAAAACCUUUUAAAUGAGAUAUUUGUAAAAAAUCAUUUAUACAAAAACUUUAUUGACUGUACAAAUAAAAAUUUAUACUACACAGAAACUCUGAGAAUGUAACAUUUAAGAAAAAUAAUGUACAUUAAAGCAAAAUUAAACUACUAUUGUAAAUAAUUCUAGGUGUGGUGGGGAAAUGACUACGGUUUUGAGAAUCUGUUGUUUCUUGAUUUUUAUUUUUAAGAUUUAGGAAUCUGUGCUCAAUAUGAAAAUAACUAAAUAUUAACUCGUUUAAUAUCAAUCUGUAAAAAUAUUAGAAUUAAUAGUAACACUUAAAACAUAUAAUAUAGAACAUAUGAAGGUAUACACUUAAGUGCAUAAUAAUAUAAGUUAAUAGUUAGAGAUCUUUUCACUAAUAUUAUUAAUACUUACCAAAGAAAUUUAGUAAAGCAUAUAUGAAUAUAGCCUGUGUAUAUUAUAUUUAUUACUUACCCUAUAAUUCUGAUAUUUAAGAAAAAAAUAUGGAUGUUUACUGGACUAAGUUCUUACAUUUUAGAAAAAUCCUUGUUAAUGUAUGUAUUUUUAAUGUUAGGUUUAAUAUGCAUUUGUUUAUUUUUGUUAGG